AUGAUCUCCUCAAUGCCUGGCGGUGAUAACACCGAUGCCCAUCUCCUCCCCAACAUCUCCGACCUCCCCGACGGGUGUCUGGCCUACAUCUUCAAGUCCCUGGACUCCCUCGACCUUGAAAGAUGCUCUUUUGUUAGCCGCCGUUGGCUCCGCGUCGAGGGUCAGAACCGACAUCGCCUCAUCCUCAAGGCCAACUCCGAUCUCCCAGUCAUCCCUUAUCUCUUCACUCGCUUUGACGCUGUUACCACACUCACACUCAAAUACAUAAAAGACGAUGCUCUCGUCCUUCUCUCUCUGCAUUGCCGUAACCUCACUUGCCUCAAGCUCCGUGAUUGCCUCGAGUUGACCGAUGCAGGCAUAAUCCCUUCCGCCGUCAACUUCAAGGGAUUGAAGAAGCUCUCUUGUCAUUCUUGCAACUUUGGUGUCAAGGGCAUGAACGGUCUCCUUGAUUACUCUUCUUCCCUAGAAGAGCUCUCCGUAAAGUGUCUACGUGGGUUUUAUUAUGACGAGUUCCCUGCCAUGCCUGUCGGACCAGGUGUCGCUGCUUCCUCCCUUAAGACCAUCUACCUCAAGGAUCUCUACAAUGGUCAAUCCUUCCUACCCUUAAUUUUCGACUCCAAGAACCUCAAGACCUUGAAGAUCACCUACUGCAGUGGGGAUUGGAAUAAUAUCCUCCAAGCCAUAGCUGAACGAGUUGGUACUGGUCUGGUUGAGCUACAUCUGAUUACACUCCUAACAGACGUCGGCCUUGAUGCCAUCUCUAAGUGCUCAAAUUUGGAAAUCUUGCAUCUAUCUAUGACUUCUCCAGAGUGCACUACUGCAGGGCUUGUGUCCAUUGCUAACCACUGCAAGCUCUUAAGGAGACUCCACAUGUAUGGAUGGAAGAUAGGUGAAGAGGGACUUAUUGCCAUUGCCAAACAAUGCUCUAAUCUUGAGGUGUUGGUUCUCAUUGCUUUCAAUCCUACUUCUUUUUCUUUGGAUCUACUAGCUACCAAUUGCCAGAAUCUGGAGAGAUUAGCAGUGUGUGCGAGUACCACGUUUGGUGACACGGAGAUUUCAUGCAUUGCUUCUAAAUGCAAGGCAUUGAAGAAUCUCUGUAUCAUAGCCUGCUCAGCUGUGACCGAUCUUGGGAUGAAAGCUCUUUCCGGUGGCUGCCCUAAUCUGGUAGAGUUGAAGGUUAGGAGCUGCAAGGGAGUAACUCGUGGGGUUGCGAUUUGGUUGAAAGAACGCCGGGUUUCAUUGGCUGUCAAUUUGGAUACUAUAGAAAAUUUUCAACCAUUCAGAAUUGGAUCAUUUUUUGGCCCAUCAUAA